AAGAGAAAGCAGCUCAAGAGCUAAAGGAUUUCACGCUUGUUCUCUUGUCCUAAUGGGGCGAUGGUGGCGCUUGGAGUAUGUGAUGCGCUGCGAGCCACAAGGAUGGUGGUUCGAAAUCCCAACAGCACCAUGUGUCGCUGAGCAAGACAUCUAACCCCAAAAUUGCUCCCCAGGCAAAAUGUAAAGUUAAACUGGAGAGGAACAGAAGGAACUCUUGAGUGUGUGCAAUCCGUGAUUCCCCGACAUCAUCAAGCGGGCCGCACAUGCACGUUAGUGCAAGUUCGUGUGCGCCAAGGGUUACCACACCAGCGCCCUGCACUGCUGUCCCAAGUGACGACGUUGUUGUGAAAGGAUAAGGGCCCUUCAUCAGAGUCGAGGGGCGGAGUCGGGCUCUCCUCAACUGCUGUGUGAAGAGGGAGGAACUCCACAUUCUUAUAAAAAGCCAGUGGACAGGCUGACAGCGUUGAGUAGACGGAGCAGACCCACUGGCCCUGGACUCUACUGCUGACUCACAAUGGCACAGAACGCAACCACCAAAGGGAUCCCAGCUUCACCUCUUCCUCAGCCUGUCAAAGUCCAGGAGGUCAGACACACAAAGAUCUUUAUUGACAAUGAAUGGCACACAUCCAGCAGUGGAAGGACAUUUCCUACUUUCAACCCAGCGACAGGGGACAAAAUCUGUGAUGUGGAAGAAGCAGACGAGGACGAUGUGGACCGAGCGGUGGAGUCCGCCAAGGCGGCCCAGCAGAGAGGCUCUCCGUGGCGCAGGAUGGAUGCGUCCAGCCGCGGAAGGCUGCUGCACCAACUGGCCGACCUGAUGGAGAGGGAUCGGCUCCUGCUGGCGACCCUGGAGACUCUGGACACAGGGAAGCCCUUCCUGCAGUCCUUCUUCAUAGACCUGGAUGGCAGCAUUAAAACCCUGCGGUACUAUGCAGGCUGGGCCGACAAGAUCCAUGGCAAGAGUCUGCCUGUAGAUGAAAGCUUCAUGUGUUUUACCAAACACGAGCCUGUUGGCGUAUGUGGAGCCAUUAUUCCAUGGAACUUUCCUCUGCUGAUGUUCAUGUGGAAGAUGGCACCGGCCCUGAGCUGUGGAAAUGCUGUGGUCAUCAAGCCAGCAGAGCAGACCCCCCUCACUGCCCUCCACGUCGGAGCGCUCAUCAAAGAGGCGGGCUUCCCUCCUGGAGUUGUGAACAUUCUCCCUGGGUUCGGUCCCACAGCAGGAGCAGCCAUCGCCAGCCACAUGGACGUGGACAAAGUGGCCUUCACUGGCUCUACUGAGGUCGGCCAGCUAAUCAAAGAAGCAUCAGCCAAAAGCAAUCUGAAGAGGGUGACCCUGGAGCUGGGGGGGAAGAACCCCUGCAUUGUGUUUGCUGACUGUGACUUGCAGCUGGCUGUGGAGGAGACCCAGAAAGGGGCUUUCUAUAACCAGGGUCAGUGCUGCACGGCUGCAUCACGCGUCUUUGUGGAAGAAAGUAUUUAUGAGGAGUUUGUGCAUCGCAGUAUAGAAAACGUAAAGAAGAUUGUCGUAGGAGACCCAAUGGACCCUCAGACAUCACAUGGGCCACAGAUCAGCCAACAGCACUUUGACAAGAUCAUGGAUCUGAUAGAGAGUGGGAAGGAAGAAGGAGCCAGCCUGGAGUACGGAGGAUCAGCUAUGGGGGAGAAGAGCCUCUUCAUUCAGCCCACCAUCUUCUCUGGGGUCAAAGACCAAAUGCGCAUCGCCACAGAAGAGAUCUUUGGUCCGGUGCAGUGUAUAUUCAGCUUUAAAAGGCAGCAGGAGGCCAUAGAGAGAGCAAACCGCUCGCACUACGGCCUGGUGUCUGCAGUCUUCACAAAAAGUAUGGACAGAGCUCUCUCUGUGUCUGCGGCCCUGGAGACUGGCACAGUCUGGAUAAACUGCUACAACGCCCUUCAUGCCCAGACUCCCUUCGGAGGGUACAAAAUGUCAGGCAACGGACGAGAGCUGGGAGAGUAUGCUCUGGCUGAGUACUCGGAGGUGAAAGCAGUGACUAUCAAGCUCAGUGAAACCCUGUGAGAAGAGCGUGUGCAGAUGUCCAUCCCAUCACAAUUGUCUCCGACCCAUACAGUUCUCAGUGUAGAGUCCUGCUCAUGAUGUUACGAUUAUGCUUAGUCCAGUGUUUGAGUUAGUCCAAACCGUGUAUCAGAGGCCACAAGGAGGCCCUGUUUCUUCACCUUUUUCUUGCACGAGGUGUGGAGAGGUUUUGACUUAGCAGCUUAAUGCUAAUGCAGGUUUGUAUUUUUAUAAUAAGUUCUCAAAAGUGUACUGUAUAUGUGUUUAGUACUACAGUAGUUAUGGUGUAAAUAGAGACUGUGUUCAGUUGGUACAAUAGCAACAAAAUUCCAGACACACAAUUCAACAUAUAUGAUCAUAAUAUUUCUAAUAACAAAUCAAUAUUUACUAGGCAAAUCCUAGUUUAUCAUAUAAUUAGUGGUUUUGUUAAAACAUAAAACUAUGAUUAAUGAGCUGAGAUACAGUUUGUUGACCCUCAACAGGGCAUUUGUAGAGUUUUCCACUACAUCUGGUGGCCUCCAUCAGCAGAUGGAGGGAGUUGUCCUAAAGACGCUUUAGUUGUCAUCACGACCUUAGUUUUGUGGGUAGAUGGUAACUGGGACUAACUUGGGACUUGGGACGAACUUAUCAGACGCAACUACAGAAAGAAAACGUAAGAACACACUGACAAUGUUGCUACUUGUUGAAGCAUAAGUGACUUAUGCUAAGUCUUUGAACAAAGAUGUGGGUGACUAUGUUCUUCACACAUACAACCACUUAUCAUGAAAGGACUGACAUUCCGUAUGAGCAAAGGCACCCCCAUGAAAACUGAAGAAACGUCAUUUGAUGAUGAAGCAUGUGAGACUUCAUUCUGACUAUCAAUCAUACACUUUCAUGUGGUUCUUUAAUUGUCUGCAUUCGUUCAACUGGACUUGAAGUAUCCUGGUCUAAGCAGAACUUAAAAAGUCUCAUGGCAAUGAGAGGACAUUGUUCCUCCAAAGACAAUUUAAAGCAUACUCCAGUUAUCAUAAGAUUCAUUGGUUCGCCUGUCUAGUCCAGCUAAUCAGGAAGAUUAUUCACAUGAGAUGCAUUAAUGCACAAAACAUAGUGAUUCGUUAUCAAUUGCAAAGGCUUUGCAUAAGCAUUCUGUUGAAAUCUCAUCAAAUGACAAAGAAAUGCUGUUUAUUUUUUUGUCAUUUUUUUCUCAUUUUGUAUUUCUAACUGUGAUUGAAUGUGGAUGUUCUCUAUGCCGCGGGAUAUAUGCCUUCCUUUUUAAAUGCUGGAACCUGAAUCUGGAAUAUUACCAGUUAUGGUCACAUUUUUUCUCUGGAACAGCUAUAUUUUGAGUGUUGUUAAUUAUCACACAUGGAAAACAAGUCUCUGC